ACAAGGAUCUAGAUAUAUUACUUUUGCCAACAAAUUUUCUAUAAGGAUAAAUCAGACACAUGGAGAAAAAUGACUGUACUGGCCUGAGUACUGCACACAAGGCAAAUGUUACCAGCAGAGACAGGAAAACAGCAGCUGUGCACCAUUCUUGGACACAAAGUCCUCAGGAGUCACGAGGUUAGUGCAGGAUCUGUUUUUUCAUGCCUGGUUCUGCUGACUGCAGAGUCGCUUAGUCAACGAUAAUGAUCAGAAUAAAAGUCCUAUCCUGAAGUUAGUGCAGUUUUUAUGCCAACCUAUGGCUAGGAAGAGCAGGCCAAAUAUGUCUGAAAUGUAUCUAGAAGAAAACAAAGAUCAGAUAUAUGAAAAUGCCCUUGCUGAGAUCGAGUCCUUUGAGCUGCCUCUUGGAACCACCCUAAGGUCUGUAUACGAUGACCAACCAAAUGCACAUCAGAGGUUUAUGGAAAAACUAGAUACCUGCAUACGUAACCAUGACAGGGAGAUAGAAAAGAUGUGCAAUUUUCACCAUCAGGGCUUUGUGGAUGCUAUCACAGAACUUCUUAAAGUUAGAGCUGAUGCAGAAAAAUUAAAGGUCCAAGUUACUGAUACCAACCGAAGGCUUCAGGAUGCUGGGAAAGAGGUGAUAGCCCAAACAGAGGAAAUCAUCCGAUGUAGAGUUCAGCAAAGGAAUAUUACAACCGUUGUAGAAAAGCUACAGUUAUGUCUUCCAGUGCUGGAAAUGUACAGCAAACUAAAAGAACAGAUGAAAGUGAAAAGAUAUUACUCUGCUUUGAAGACAAUGGAACAACUAGAAAACCUUUAUCUUCCCAGAGUUAGCCAAUACCGAUUUUGCCAAAUAAUGAUAGAAAAUCUUCCAAAACUACGUGAAGAAAUAAAAGAAAUUUCUAUGUCAGAUCUGAAGGAUUUCUUAGAGAGUAUUCGAAAGCAUUCUGACAGAAUUGGGGAAACUGCAAUGAAGCAGGCACAACAGCAGAAAACCUUUAGUACUACUCUUCAGAAGCAUAAUAAUGUAAACUACGGUCGGAAUAUGCAUUUAGGUAGAAGCAGAAUUUUGGACUCUAAGAAUGAAAUGACAUUGAAGCGAACGUUUGAAGAAGAUGAUGAUCAUGAUGAAGAGGUUUUAACUGCUCAAGAUCUUGUGGAUUUUUCUCCAGUCUAUAGAUGUUUGCACAUCUACUCAGUUUUGGGUGAUGGAGAAAUAUUUGAAAAUUACUAUAGAAAGCAAAGAAGGAAACAAGCGAGACUAGUUCUGCAGCCACAAUCAAGCAUGCAUGAAACAGUAGAAGGCUAUAGAAGAUACUUCAGUCAAAUUGUAGGUUUCUUUGUAGUAGAAGACCAUAUUUUACAUGUAACCCAAGGACUGGUAACUAGAACUUAUACUGAUGAACUCUGGAACAUGGCCCUUUCAAAGAUCAUUGCUGUUCUUAGAACACAUUCGUCAUAUUGCAAUGAUCCUGACCUUGUUCUGGAGCUGAAGAAUCUCAUUGUGGUAUUUGCUGAUACUUUACAGGGUUAUGGUUUUCCUGUGAAUCGACUCUUUGAUCUUUUAUUUGAGAUAAGAGACCAGUAUAAUGAAACACUUCUUAAAAAGUGGUCUGGAUUGUUCAGGGAUAUUUUUGAAGCAGAUAACUACAGCCCUAUUCCUGUAGCAAAUGAAGAGGAAUACAAAAUAGUUAUAAGCAAAUUUCCUUUUCAAGAUUCAGAACUUGACAAGCAAUCCUUUCCAAAGAAGCUCCCAAUGUCUCAGUCAGUGCCUCAGAUAUAUAUCCAGGUUAAGGAAUUCAUUUAUGCAAGCCUUAAGUUUUCAGAAUCACUUCACCGCAGCUCAACAGAAAUAGAUGACAUGCUUAGAAAAUCGACAAAUUUGCUGCUAACAAGAACUCUCAGUAGUUGUUUACAGAACCUAAUUAAGAAACCUCAUAUAGGUUUAACAGAGCUUGUUCAAAUCAUCAUAAACACAACGCACCUGGAAUUAGCCUGUAAAUAUCUUGAGGAUUUUAUCUCUAACAUCACAAACAUUUCGCAAGUGACUGUUCACACUGCAAGGCUGUAUGGACUUUCUACAUUUAAGGAUGCAAGGCAUGCUGCAGAAGGAGAAAUAUAUACAAAACUAAACCAAAAAAUAGAUGAAUUUAUUCAGAUUGCUGACUAUGACUGGACAAUGUCUGAAUCAGAUGGAAGAGCCAGUGGAUACUUAAUGGACCUCAUUAAUUUCUUAAGAAGCACAUUUCAAGUUUUUACUCAUUUACCUAAUAACAACAAUGACCAUGCAGCUAUGUCGGGAAAAGUGGCCCAGACAGCUUGCAUGUCAGCCUGCCAGCAUCUUUCAACAUCUCUAAUGCAGAUGCUACUGGACACUGAAUUAAAACAAAUAAGCAUGGGAGCAAUUCAGCAGUUUAAUUUAGAUGUGAUACAGUGUGAAUUGUUUGCUAGUUCUGAGCCUGUGCCAGGAUUCCAGGGAGACACCCUGCAGUUAGCUUUCAUCGACCUCAGACAAGUAAGACACUAGUUGUUGUUUUUUAUCCUACUU